AUGGUGGAUUCUACGGACAUGGAUAGAGAUGGUAGCGACAUUGAGGUCGAUUUAAAUAACGAUUUAGACACAAAUACGAGUAAUUUAAAUAAAGAAAAUGGUGAAGAUGGCUUCGAAUGUCAACAAAGAACUGACGACGAAUGGUUUCGUGGCUUUUUCGAAUCAGAUGGUGAACAUGAAGACGAGUUUGAUGGCUUCGACGUCGAAUGGAAGACUUCCAACUUUGACGAACGAAACGAGAGAACGUACAGUGAAAUAGGUGCUUCAACGUUUGUUCACCCUGAAAAUGCCCUGCCACAUAAUUAUUUUGAACUGAUCUGGGGUCAGGACUUGUGGCAGCAUAUGGUUACAGAGACCAACCGCUAUGCUGAAAAAGAGCGGACACGCAACCCACCACCACCAUUUGCUCCUUGUUGGGUUCCAGUAGACAUUCCAGCCAUGAAGGCUUUCAUUGGACUCUGUUUUUGUAUGGGAGUUCUUCGUCUACCGUCAAGAAAUGACUACUGGAGGGUAAAGAAGCGUAUGUUUCGUACUGCCUUCAACACCAUCAUGCCUCGGGACAAAUUCAAUCUGAUCUGGCGCUACCUUCACCUGACGGACAACGUUGCCCCACCUCCUGCCAGACCAGACAAACUUAAAAAGAUAAGUAUGUUGAAGUUCAAGGGGCGUCUGGGCUUUCGUCAGUACAUGCCAUUGAAACCAACUAAGUGGGGCAUAAAAGUGUGGACAUUGGCGGAGAGCGAAACUGGCUACAUCCACCAGUUCCAAGUCUACACUGGAAAGGAAGAAAAUCAGGAGAAGGGCCUAUCACACAGAGUGGUGACAGACUUGAUUGGCCAUCUGAACCAUACAAACAUUAGAGUUUUUAUGGCCAAUUACUACACGAGUCCGGCCCUUCUCACGGAUCUGUGCGGUGUGUACGCCUGUGGCGCAGUGCGCAACAACAGAAAAGGCUUACCAACUGCACUGUUGCCAAGGAAUGUUAUGCUGGACAAACACGAGUUCCUGGUGGCCCAGAAAGAUGACCUUUCUUGUUCCAUUUGGCAGGACAAAAAGUAUGUCAUGGUCCUGUCGAACUUUCACAGUCCUAAUGACAUGGGAACUGUCAACCGACGAUCUGGUAACCCAACACAACGAUCUGUGAAAGUUCCCAAAAUGCUUGCGGAUUACCAGAAGUUCAUGAAGUGA